AUGGUUAGAGAUCAUGCUGUUGACAUGCACAGGUCUGAAGUUCUAAUUGAUCCAAGCUCCCGUGAAAUGGGUGCCAAAGAAAAUAGAGUGGAAAGAGAUUACCGUUCGAGUGAUGUCGAAAAAGAAGUCAGACAGGGAAAGGAAGGAGAAUCAGAUUAUGAGCCUGCAAGAGAUUCUCUUUCAUCUCAAGGGGAGGCUCAGAGUAAUGAAGAUAACAAGGUAAAAAGAGUUUCAAGGGUUCCCAAAAAACUUGUGAAAAAAGAAUCAGCGGAAAAUCGUCCUCAUGCAUCAAGAGUUGGUACUAAUCGUCCAGAAUCCAAAAAUCUGCAAUUUAAAAUGUCAAAUAAUAGUCAAAGGAAACCUCAAAAACCAAAUGAAGCCGCUUCAACACCUAAAAUUGUCAAUAAUAAGAAACCAGUGAACAUGAAGAUCCCUUUCAGACCUUCAUCAGAGUUAUCUGAAGAAACUAAUGGUAAGACCACUGAAGAGGUUAAAGAGAUAGAUAUCUUGGAUGAGGCUCCAAAUUGUGAUCAGAGUGUUGAAACAGAUGAAGAAACAGUUGAUGCAGAAGAAAAUAAUCCAGAUGAUGACAGAGCCAGUACAUAUCAAAAAAUUAGUGAGAUGGAACAAAGAAUUGAGAAACUCGAGGAGGAGCUCAGAGAAGUAGCUGCUCUUGAGAUUUCUCUCUACUCCGUGGUACCGGAACAUGGAAGUUCGGCUCAUAAAGUCCACACACCUGCCCGGCGUCUUUCAAGGCUAUAUAUUCAUGCUUGCAAGCACUGGUCUCAGGACAAGAGGGCCACUGUUGCAAAAAACACAGUGUCAGGCCUUGCAUUGAUUGCCAAAUCAUGUGGUAAUGAUGUUCCAAGGUUGACUUUCUGGUUAUCAAACACAGUUGUAUUGAGAGAGAUAAUAUCUCAAACAUUUGGCAAUAUGUCCCUCUUAAAUCCAACCAUGAGAUCUUUUGAGUCAAAUGGUGGUGCAAAGAAAACUGAAGGGAAAUUGACCCCACUAAAAUGGAGGAACAAUGCUGGAAACAGACUGGCAAAAGUUUUUGGUUUUAUGCAGCAGAUAGAUGACUGGCAAGAGACAAGUACACUUACAGCUGCACUGGAAAAGAUCGAAUCUUGGAUCUUUGCCCGAAUUGUGGAAUCAGUAUGGUGGCAGACAUUGACUCCACACAUGCAAUCUCCAGUUGAAGAGAUGUACACAGCUAAAGGAUAUGGAAGAUUGUUGGGUCCCGCUCUGGGUGAUCAACAGCAAGGCAGUUUUUCUAGUAACUUGUGGAAGAGUGCUUUUCAUGAUGCUUUUACCAGACUCUGUCCGGUUCGUGCUGGGGGGCAUGAGUGUGGCUGUUUACCUGUACUGGCAAGAAUGGUGAUCGAACAAUGUGUAUCCAGAUUAGAUGUUGCCAUGUUUAAUGCCAUUCUGCGUGAAUCAGCCAAUGAAAUACCAACAGAUCCUGUAUCAGACCCAAUUGUUGAUCCAAAAGUUCUGCCAAUUCCAGCUGGGGAUUUGAGCUUUGGAUCUGGUGCACAACUCAAAAAUUCUAUUGGGAAUUGGUCCAGAUGGUUGACAGGUCUUUUUGGUAUAUAUGCCGAUGAUUCCAUCAAAUAUGGUCAGCUUGCAGAUGAGGAUGGUGACAGAAGGGAAGGGGCUCCUGAAUCAAAAUCUUUUUGCCUACUUAAUGAGUUGAGUGACCUUUUAAUGCUCCCUAAGGACAUGCUUCUUGAAAGGAGCAUCAGAAAAGAGUUCUGUCCUUCAAUUGGUCUGCCCUUAAUUACACGGAUACUCUGCAACUUCACACCUGAUGAAUUCUGUCCAGAUCCAGUCCCAGGUAUUCUCCUGGAGGAACUGAAUUCUGAGAGCUUGUUGGAACGUCAGUUAUCUGACGAGGACCUGAUCAGCAGCUUCCCAUGUACAGCUGCUCCUGUUGUCUAUUCACCCCCUUCACCAGCUGAUGCUGCAGAGGUGGGUGAUGCUGGUGGGAAAGCCAAGUUGGAUCAGAGGGCAUCAAUGGUCCAGGGAUACACCAGCGAUGAGGAUCUGGAUGAUUUAGAUUCCCCCCUCACAUCCAUCAUGGACAAAACUCCUCCCGUGUCCCCAAUUCUCAGAGAUGUAAACCAGAAAGAAAGUAAACAUGCCAAUGCAAGGUACAAGCUUCUCAGAGAGGUGUGGUCUGUGUGCAUGUGAUUAUAGGCCUUCUUUAUGCAUCUCCGUUUUUGUAAAGAAGGCAUUAGCAACAACAAAGAGGAGAAUUGAGAUAUCAAAAGGCAAUAUAUCAAUGGCAUCAAAGUAUUGAAUAAGGAUGAUCUUAAUCUCUCAAUCUGUUAAGGUGGCAAACCAUAAGACAGAUGAUACUCGGUUAGAUAUCUUGUAUAUCCUUAGCAUUUAAAUUUUGUCAAAUUCCGGUUUGUUCUUGUAGGCAAGAACUACGCAUACGGAUAACAGUCGGAUUGUUUGUUGAACAUGCUUGUAUUUUGUAUAGCCCAUUAUACAAGCUUUAUUUCUUUGUUUUUGGUUGGGAGUGCGAAAUAAAUUCCUUUUUUUUUCUGGUAAGGAAAUAAAUUCUAUUUUACC